AUGGUGUGCAAUGGUCAGGCCAACGGCCAUGUUUCUCGGGCUUCCUUGAAGGUGAAUUUCUCAUCCCGAAACGGCAGUACCCCAACAUAUCCGAGCAAUUGCCUCGAGUUCUUAAACGAUCCAUUGACAUGUGAAGAAACCAUCCCUGCACAGGUCCGCCUAAACAUUAUCGUCGUCGGCGCCGGACUCGGCGGACUAGCAACAGCCAUCGCGCUCGCAAGUUCCGGCCACACAGUGACUAUUUACGAGCAAGCACGGGAGCUUGGAGAAGUCGGUGCUGGUAUCCAAAUCCCAUCCAACUCAACUCGCCUCCUGAGCAGACUCGGUCUGGACCCAUACCUAAAAGAGUAUGUGACCGAGCCCGAGUGCAUUUCUUUCCGACGCUGGCAAUCAGGAGGUGUCAUCGGGCUUACACGGCUCAUCCCGAACUUCCAGAAACAGUUCGGCGCGCCGUACUAUGUGAUCCACCGCGCAAACUUCCAUUCUGCGCUGCAUAAACGCGCCCUGGAUCUGGGUGUCACAGUCAAGGUUGCUUCGCGGGUUGUGGGAUAUAAUGUCAAGGGACCAAGCAUUGUUCUUGUGAAUGGUGAAACUGCUUUUGCCGAUUUGGUCGUUGCCGCAGACGGUGUCAAGUCGGUUGCUCGUGGAACUCUCGGCCAGAGCGGCAAGCCCUCAUUCAAUAAGACCGGAUUCGCAGCUUACCGGGCUACCGUGGACGUGGAGCGCAUCAAGGAAGAUCCGGAGCUUUCUUGGCUGUUAGAAAAGCCAGCUCUUAAUAUCUGGAUUGGUGAUCAACGGCACGUAAUGACAUACACCAUCGGAGCUGGUAAGUCUUUCAACAUGGUUCUUUCGCAUCCAGAUGACAGCGAUCCUUCAACCUGGGAUCAAGAAAAUACUCUCAUUGAUAUGAGACGCGAGUUCCAAGGAUGGGACAGCCGUCUUGGGAAGAUUAUCGGACUCAUCGAACAAACCAUCAAAUGGCCACUGAUCAGUGGAGUCCCCUCAUCUCGUUGGGCGAAUGGCAAGGUGUUGAUGCUAGGAGAUGCAGCACAUGCAAUGCUGCCUUACAUGUCACAGGGCGCGGCGAUGGCAGUCGAAGACGGCGCAGCACUAGCACGAUCUCUGUCCAAAAUCGAAAAUGCCGUAGACAUCCCCAAAGCAUUGAGUAUUUUCGAGCAGGUCCGCAUCGAGCGAGCUGGAAUGAUGCAGGAGGCGAGUCUUCUGAAUGGAAAGCUGUGGCAUUUCGCCGAUGGGCCGCUUCAGGAAGCCCGUGAUGAAGCUAUGAAGCCCGAGACUUUGGGUUUGCCUUUCAGUCACAGUCCUAACCAGUGGAGUGAUCCAGCGACUCAGAUGUGGUGCUAUGGAUAUGAUGCCGAGCAAGAGAUUGAUCGAGCUUGGACGACAUCAGAAUUAUAG